CUCCUGAUAUUGUAGAAUGUAGUAACUGUAGUAUAGAUAAAAAAUCAGAUUAUAGAUAAUAAUGCCAGGAUCAAUCCCAGAUAAAUUUAAAGGUGUCGGUGUCGACAAGCCAGAAAAUUGGAACAAACCAAGUGUUGUUGAAUAUGAGCCAAAGAAGGUUCUACCAGAAGAUGUUGUAAUCAAGAUUGAAACAUGUGGUGUUUGUGCCAGUGACCUUCAUACUGUAAAGGGUGAUUGGGGUGAUUUACAAAGAAAGGACUUGGUUGCAGGUCAUGAAAUUGUAGGUGAAGUUGUCAUGGUUGGUGACAAGGUCAAGAACGUCAAGGUUGGUGAUAGAGCAGGUAUCGGUGCCAUGUCCAACUCUUGUUUGGACUGUAACAGAUGUGCCAGCAACAACCCACAAUACUGUAAGGAAAAAAUUGACACAUACAAUGCCCCAGACAAGAAGUCUGGUGGUUACAUCACCCAAGGUGGAUACGCCUCUCACGCUAUCAGUCAUGAACACUUUGUUUUCCCAGUUCCUGAAGAGAUUACAUCUGCUGAAGCUUCUCCAUUAUUGUGUGCUGGUCUCACAGUUUACUCUCCACUUGUGAGAAACUUGGGUAAGGAUGCUACUGGCAAGACCGUUGGUAUUGUUGGUAUCGGUGGUUUGGGUCACUUGGCUGUGCAAUUCGCCAAGGCCUUGGGCGCUGAAGUCAUCGCCUUUUCCAGAGGUACCUCCAAGAAGGAAGACGCUCUUAAAUUGGGUGCUUCUUCAUUUAUUUCAACUAAGGAAACUCCAGAUUUCGACAAGGAUCAUUAUGAUGGAUUUGACUUCAUUUUGAAUUGUGCUGCAAACUUUUCUCAACUUGAAUUAAAGCCAUUCUUGGCCUCCUUGAAAGUGGGUGCCUCUUUUGUUUCUGUUGGACUUCCUCCUGUAGAUGAAAAGGUUGAAAUCCAGCCAUUUGAUAUGGCCACUAAUGAAGCAAAGGUUGGCCAAUCUUUACUUGGUGGUAGAGAAGAAGCCUUGGCUAUGCUUAAGCUUGCCGCUGAAAAGGAUGUCAGACCAUGGAUUGAAAAGAUUCCAAUCAGUAAAGAAGGUGUUGCUACAGCUUUGGAGAAGUUGGACCAAGGUGAUGUUAGAUACAGAUCUGUUUUGGUUGACUUUGACAAGUUGUAAUUAGUAUUUAGUGAUAAUAUAAAAGACUUAAUUAUUAUUUAAGC